UACUUUCAGUUAACUUUCAAAAGCCUGUGCAGCGGUGCGUGAACCGCUCUGUUCUUAAGAAUGUAGCUGCACCAGACGCUGGCACUUUGUGAGAGAGCGUUUGUGUGAAUUAUGGGUGUGUUCAAGUACUCCCCGGUGGACUUCCUCUUCACUUGUCUGGGUCUUGUGUUCCUGCUCCUGGACAUAGUGCUGGAUGUCUGGGCCGUUGCGUCUCUGUACCAGGAGAAGGCCUACGUGAGCCUCAGUAUCCUGCUGCUGUUUCUGGUGGGCUCGUCUGUUCUCGUCCAGGCCUUCAGCUGGCUCUGGUACAGCUACGAGGAAUUCAAGAAGUACACAAAGGUGGACAAAUAUGUGAAUGAGGGACAGCUCAAGAUCCUACAUGUGCUGCAGCUGGGAAUCUACUUCAGGCAUGCGGGUGUGGUGGAGGUUUCUAUACGCAGCAUCUGCUCCAGGUUGAGUAAGCCCGAUGGAGAUGUCGCCGUGUUCCUGAGCCACGAUCUGAGCAUGCUGCGGCUCAUCGAGACGUUUUCGGAGAGCGCCCCUCAACUCGUCCUCAUGCUCACCAUCAUGCUGCAGCGGGGAGAGCUCGACCACUGGGCAGUGUUGAAGGCCCUCGGCUCAGCCUCAGCCAUCGCCUGCAGCGUGACCAUGUACCACCGCUCCCUGCGCUCCUUCCUGCCUGACAAACAGAAGCAGCAGAUCGGCUCGUCCAUCGUCUACUUCCUCUGGAACCUGCUCCUGGUCGCGUCUCGCAUCGCCGCCCUCGCCCUCUUCGCCUCGGCGCUGCCCUGCUUCAUCGUCACCCACUUCGUCUGCUCGUGGAUCGUCUUGUUCUUCUUGGUCUGGCGAUCCAAAACCGACUUCAUGGACGGUCCGUGCGGAGAGUGGCUUUACCGAGCCACCGUGGGCCUCAUUUGGUAUUUCGACUGGUUUAAUGUGGUGGAGGGGAGGACCAGGUUCAGGACUCUGCUCUACCACGGAUACAUGCUGAGUGAUAUUUCCCUCCUCUGUGGAUUGUGGUGCUGGAAAAUGAUCACAGAACCGCCAUAUUUUGAAAUUCCACCUUCAUAUGCUAUAAUAACUGCUGUUGGUGUUUUUGCAGUUUACGUCCUCGGCCUCUUCUUUAAAAUGAUUUAUUACAAGUUCUGCCAUCCAAACCUUGACAAAGCGGAUUUGGAAGGGGGUGACUCUGAAAUGUCCUCAAGGUCGUCUGAAAAAAAGUCUGAAGAUGUGCCAGACGCUGUCUUAUUUCAUUCAGCUGCGGGUACAUUCAUCAUGGAAGACGGCUCGGGCGUUACAGAUCGCAGCUUACCCAGUUCUCCUGAACCUGAAACUAAACUCCGCAAUAAAAGAAUGAGGAAGUUGGCCGAGAACUUCUACUCCUGACCUGGGUCACUUGACAUCCACAGGGGGGGUUAGAGACACGGUCACGCAGUGUUGUGGUUCGUCUCGGAUAUGGAUGACGAUCACCUGGUUCAUGGUUACCCACAGACGCAGCCUGAUGAGUGACAUAAGCGCUGCAUCAGCAAGUAUUAAGCUGUGGUCGAUAUUUAAAGCUCCUGUGAGGAUGUUUUUGCUUUUCAUGAAACAGACUGUACUUUAUAUUUACGUUAAUAUUUGAUGACUGAAACUGCUUCUGCAGGGUCGUUGGCAGAUGAAGUGAUUAACAUCCGGCUGCAGAAACAACAUAUUUCCUUUUACUUUUCCAAUGGUAAGAAUUCUCAAGGAAUGAAACAUUUGGAAAUACUAGUGUUUUUUUAGGUAUUGAAAACACUACUUGCACUGUUUUCACAUUAUGCACUAGAGAAUUUCAAGUGGACCGCCCCUGAAGUCCUCCUGACUUACUCGUUUACACAUGCAGCUCACAAGUUGGAGCAUCAUGUUGGAUCAAGCAUCAGCGUAUGCUCUUCUACACUAUAAGGGCCUGUGUCCACAGACGGAGCUUUUUGUGCUGCCUCCACAACCUCAGUUUCAGAGCGCUUCUCACCAGCGCUCAUCGUAGCUAGGUUCUGAAAAUUAACUUCUGCUCCCCUCUGUAAUGUCCGUUAGGUGUGUUUAAGAUGGCUCAACGUGCUUAAUAGCUGCUUUAAUUCAAGGAAUUCAUGGUCGGUGACGGAGAAGUGACAUUAAAGAGCACGGGGCUGUUGAAAAAGUGAAACAAUUUGAAACUUAGAGUGCUGUGAAUAUAGAGACAAAAAAACGCUGUCGCCUCUGUGCGCUGCAGAAAAAAAUUGUAUGGGUCUGGCAGAAGAAACUCCAGUUGAAGUUGAGUUUUGUGCGAGUGUGAAAGCCAUAUUACACUGACAAAAAGAGUAUCGUUUUGUCCACAGGGGGCGCCAAAAGUGACACAAACUGAAUGUUCCUCACAGAAGCUUUAAUGUUAUUCAAGUCAGUCUUAGUUAUAUUCAAAUGCCUACAUGAACGAUAUUUAAUCUGUCAGUAUUUUCACUUAAAAAAUGAUGUUAACUUAUUAUCUUACCACUGACAUGUCACUCAUUCAUCUGUUAGCUAGCCUGCUCUACUGUCAGUGCAGCUUAGCAAACAGCGACACAUUGAUAGUCUGUUAGGGGUUUAACUCCACACUACUUUAUGUAACCACUUCAUGAGACUCACUGCUGGAAGAUACAGAAACAUAGUCCCUAUCCUGUGUCAGCUGUUUCUUUAGUUUCUUAUUUAUUUUUUCUCUGUUUAUUUCUUGAAUUUGUUGACAUUGUGAGAUUAUGUGUAAUAUUCUUAAAUAAAGCCAUUUGAAGAAUGCA